AGGUUUUAGUUUGGUAGAACCCUGAAACAUUGCGAGUGCAGAACCAACGCAAACCCUAAAAACUCUCCGAUAAGAAAAUGGCCUCCGUUGCCGGAAACACCGCGAGAUCGAUAUUCCGAUCAUCCUCCGCCUGUCGUACUGCAUUCCGAAUCGGUUCGGAAGCUAAAGCGGCUCGUUCUCCUUUCCGAAUCGCCUCCAAUAAGCCUACAUCGCAAUUUACAUUCAGGAGUCCUGUUGAAUUGAGCUUCUGUGUGGAAUCCAUGUUGCCGUUUCAUUCGAUAACUGCUUCUGCGUUGAUGACUUCAAAGUUAGUAGUUUCUCAACGCAGCUAUGGUUGGCUUCCUGAAGGUAGCUAAACAUCUGUAGGAUUCCUUGUGUUCUUUCUUCAAUUUAUUUUUCGGAUUGCAAUGAUGAUGUGUGAUAACUAUUCUGAAGAUUGAAGCAAUCUUUUUUGUAUUAUCCACUUCGUGAGGGUGUCUUGGCUGAGCCAUUGGCGGGUCAAAUUAAGUCUCAAAGGCUGAAAGGGAUUUUAAAAAUAUAGACCUCCUGUAACUCUGUUAUUUCUUGUUAAGAUUCAUAAAAGCCUACUGUUUUAUCCACCAGGGUUUUACUGUCCAAAGCCAAAUAAGCUGAAAUUGUAUUUCCAUAAGAAUCAGUUAGGGAUGGUUAACGAAUGUAGAGUUGGAAUAUUUUCACUUUUUUUUACUAUAAUCUUGACCAGACCCUUAUCUCUA